AUGUCCUUCGUCCGGGCAGCUGAAGCAGGGAACCUGGAUGCGUGUGUGAUUAUGGCGAGGGUGAUGGAAGCGAGGGGGGAGCAGCAGAGGGCGCUGGAGUGGUACAGGAAGGCGGCGAGAAUGGGGCACCAGGGGAGCCAGUAUCGAAUGGGCGAGGCGUACUAUAGAGGGGAUGGGGAAUGGCCGCGGGACGAGGAGGAGGCUCUGGCGUGGCUGCUGCGUGCGGCUCGCAACGCCCAGGCGGAUCCUGUGCUCGGUGCUGCUGCUGCUGUGAGUAUCUGA